UUUAAUCCGACGAUAGAUACGACUUAAUUGAAAUAUUUCAUCGCGAAAUCAAUUAGAAAUCUGUUCGAUAACGAACUUGAAUGUAACAAACGCAUAAAAAUCCGGACGUUUUGAGCUCAUAAUGUGAAAUGUUGGUCUAAAAAUUCGACAUGUUUUCUAAUUUCGCGUCUAUUUUCUCGACUUUAUUGUUGUUCACCUCGUUUGUUUAUUGCGACGAGCCCGAAAAUUCCACUCAAAACGAUGAAGAUGGACUCGGAUACAGAUUGCCAGAAACUGUUAUUCCUACAUCGUACGAAUUGAAAAUCAUACCGAACUUGAAGGAUAACUUUGAUUUCGAAGGAGAUGUCACCAUCAAUGUGAAAGCUAUUACGAACACGAAUGAAGUUUUCUUGCAUUGCCACGAGUUGUCUUUGAGAGCUAUUUCAAUUUCGAACGAAACUGAGAAAAUCAAUCAAGACGGUUACGAAUUUAUUCCGGAUCGACAGUUUUUGAAACUGAAACUUAAAAACGAAUUGCAGAAAAAUAACGAAUAUAUAAUUCGUAUUUGGUUCAAAAGUCCUUUACGAGAUGAACCAGUUGGAUUCUACAGGGAGAAGUACAAGCAUGGCAAGGAGAUUAAAUGGUUGGCAACCACGCAACUCGAACCUAUUUACGCAAGAACUGUAUUCCCAUGCUUCGACGAACCUCAUUUCAAAACCCCUUUCUCGAUUCAUAUCGCACGAUCGGAAAAUCACAUGACUCUAGCAAACAUGCCUUAUAUCAUGAGUAAAGGACCAGAACCGAAAAUUCAAAAUCGAACUUGGGAUAUGUUUGAGAGCAAACAGUCCAUAUCAACAUUCCAAGUAGCGUUCACAGUGACUGAAUACUUUUUCAAGCCCGAUGUGGACACUGGCGUUUUAUUAGGAACACCGAAUCGAGGCAGUAAAAAUAUUUUUGAAAUAUUAACCAAGAGUAAAAUAAUUCUCAAAGAACUGGAAUCGUAUACGCAAAUGAACUUCACCAAAGAAAAUAUGCAUAUGGUAGCCAUCUCAGAUUUCCUAGUAGGCGCUUUGGAUAAUUCAGGAUUAUCAACGAUCAAAGAACCCAUGACCAUACUUUCGAGAAGUAAAACAUCAACGUUAAGUAAGGAGGUUACCGAACUGGCUGCUGUACACGAAUUUGCUCAUCAAUGGUUUGGGGACUACGUAACCCCCAUUUGGUGGAAGUAUAUGUGGUUAAAAGAAGCUUUUGCCACAUUCAUGGAGUAUAAAAUUUUAAACACGAUUGAACCUAAGUGGAAAAUGAAAGAGUUGUUUAUCACCGAUAUCGUACAACAAGCCCUACUUCAAGAUAAAUACUCGCAUCCGAUGAGUGCUAAUAUUCAAACCCCGGCUGAAAUUAUCAACGCGUUUGAUUUCGUAAUGUACCAAAAAGGGGCGUCUGUUUUGAAAAUGUUGGAAUUCAUGAUCACUCCUUCGACAUUUAAAAAAGGCGUACAAAGAUAUUUAAAAAGAGGAGUCAAUAAAACUUUGGUCACACCGGACGAUCUCUGGGAGGUUAUGGAAGAACAAGUACAAGAAGACAAAAUCAAAUUACCAACGAACGUUCGUGAAAUAAUGAAACCGUGGACGGAACAAGCGAGUUAUCCUUUGAUUACUGUGACCAUUGAGAACUUCGACGUUCUGAUUAAACAGGAACCGUACAACGAUUACCCUGGCUACAACGAAAGUUGGAUAGUACCUAUCACGUAUGCCAUACCCACCGAUGAUCUGACAGUAAAAACACCGAUGGAAUGGUUGAAUCCUGACGAACAACUAGUUUUGGACAAGGCAGUAGAAGCAGGACAAUGGAUCAUUGUAAACUUGGGACAAUUCGGAUAUUAUCGAGUAAACUACGAUUACAAUAACUGGCAAGCGUUGACUGAUCAGCUUCUCUCAGACCAUAAUGCAAUCGAUCCUGUUCUACGAGCCAAACUAAUCGACGAUGCUUUGAACCUAGCCAUGGAUAAAAAACUGAAUUACAACACAGCGUUAUCUCUACUGGAUUAUUUCCCGAAAGAAAAACACUAUUUGCCGCAAAUAUCUGUGCUUUACAAUCUCAAGAAUUUAUUCAUCAGAUUUGAACAAACCAGCAUUGAAACUUGGCUUAAGAUUUUCAUUUCCAAGUUGAUCGACAAACUAUACCACAGCUUGGGAACGCGAAACGGAUUAUUCGAUACUCACAUCACGAAAAGAAUAAGGAAAGAUGUGGUUUACUUGGCAUGCAAAAUUGAUAUCAAGAAAUGCCUGACAUCAACCUCGGCUCUGUUCCACAAGAAUUACAAACGUUUAGAAAAGAUCGAUGAGAAUUUGAAACCUGCAGUGUUCUGUACAGCUUUUGAGCAACUGCGAGAGGAUUUCGUGUUCCAUCAUCUGUUGAUGUUUUAUAAUGACACUAACAGCGCAUUAGAUCGUGAAAUCAUCGUUAAUUCAUUCGCUUGCAUCAGAAAUUCGACUCUAAUCCAGGCUAUUUUGGCCAGAAAUAUCACCAUUUUGCGUAAACGAGAUAUACAAAAAGCAAAUGACAUUGUAUUAAGAAGUGGAAAAAAUCCAUUAGCUAUUACCGAAUAUAUUCGCUCAGUUUUAUCUGGUAUUAGCGGAAACAUUAUUCCAAAAAAUAUCGAGAACGAUCUGAAAUAUAUUAUACGCAGUAUUAAAAUUGUAAAUGUAGAACAGCUAAGGGCGCUCAACAAUUUGCUUCACGAAGUACGAGAACUGGAAAGGUUCCACACCAUCAUGAACGAAUUGGCGAACAGAAGCAAUAACGCUACCGUAUUUAUUCGCGAAACUGAAAGAGCAGCGCUCGAAGUUAAUGAAACCAUUCACGAGAAAUUUUUCGCAUCUCAGAACGAAUCCGGAAAAUUCGGCUUUUUAUUACAUCCGAUCAAAUAUUUCAGAGAUUCACAUAAAAUAAGAAAUGGUCUUAUUAAAAUCAACAAUAUCAGACAUAGUGUGCAGAAAUACAUUGUAGGAAAAUUUAAGAACGCAACCGAAUGUAUUUCUGGAAUUUUCCGUUUCAGUAACCCGGAGUCUGAAUUUUAUCCGUUGAAUGAACAUGAUCCAUCGACUCAGAUACGUUCUAAUAACGAUUUUAUGUUAUCAAAUUCGAGCCUCUCGAAUCAAAAGAACUUAGCAUCGCUUGUGUAAUACUAUUUAUUUAUUUCUUUAAAUCGUGUGCCUAAUUUAUUUAGUACCUAUACCUAUAUGUAAAUGCACGAAAAAAAGGAUUAAUACUAAAAUUGCAACUUUAAACAAUUUCAAAAUUUAUUGAAGAAUUACCAACCAAAAUGUUCUUUUUUAUUGUAAAAAAAUGUAAGGUUACUUUAUUUUUUUUAAAUCUUGAUGUAAGUAAUUUUUAAAGGUCAAGUCGAAUAAUUUAUCAACUUUUGUUUAUACCUAUUUUAAUAUUUUGUACAUACCUACUUUUGUUUUUUUAUUUUUACAUAAAUUCUUAAUCUUUGACGGA